UAUAUCUACUAGGGGAUGAGCUACAACGGAUCAGGCAGUGGUCCUCGACGAGGGAUUCGUACUAAUAGCGCAAACAUAACACCAAGAGGAGCCGGCCUCGCAGCGCCGCCGCCCGCCAAAAGACCGCGGGACGCCGCCCACAGCUCAGGGUACGACUCUUCGACAGCUGGAUAUAGUUGGUCUUCUAACAGCAGUAGAGGAGGGUCUUAUGGCGGCCGGAGAGCCGAGGAGAGAGGGGGAGGAGGAGGAGGAGGAGAAUAUGAGUUUGCUGGAAAGAAUGCUGAAAAGAUGUUUCCUGACGCGAAGACUACUCUAAAUAAUGCCCUCAUCGCCGAGCUGCGUCGUCUCAACACUAAACUGGACUAUGUCAUGGAGCGUGUGGUCCUGACCCAGUACGGAGUCCCAACUCCGGGGUAUCGCUGCACUCUUGAGCUCCCGUACCCCGAGAGGGUGACGGUGGUGGGGGAGGGAGGGAACAAGAAGGACGCGGAGAGAAGGUGUGCAGCUGCCGCCUGCGUCAAACUGAUGGACCUUGGUUUCAUGAACCAGAGGGGGAAGAAGGUCGAAACUCAACGCCAAGACAUCACAGAGGAUCAGAAACCAAAGGAGCUAGAUGUUUCCAUGGCGAGUCAGAUACAACUAUUCGAAGCUAUUGCGAAACUCCCCGAAUGCCACUCCUUCCCAAACUGGUCCAGCCUCAAGAGUUUCUAUGACGACCAGAAGAGACAUGUUCAAGGCGUUCCAACAGAAUCGGGGAACGCUAUAUACAACUUGAAAUUAUCUGUCCCUGUGGACUCGUUCCGCGUCCAAGAGACCUCUGGCUCCACCGCAACCGUUUCCCAGGCAACGACGGUGGUUCUACCGGCGUUGUGGCAAAAGUUGUUUCCGGUUUCCGUGGAGACGCCCCUUGCACUCGUCCCCUGCCCAAAGUGUCACGGUAACAUACAGAUCAGCAUGAGCUACGUGAGAAAGCUGGAAAACCAGCUGAACCAGUUUUUGCCGCUGCCCGUGCCGGAGGAGAGGAAUGUGGAGCCACGUAGUGGGGCGUCAUCGGAUGACGUCACCGGGAAUGCCCCCAUUCUGGCCGAGAUUGAACAGAACACAGUGUGUGUGUUCUCUGGCCAGCCGUACUCUGACCUCUCUAACGAGGAGGCGGAGCUUCGUAGCCGGGGGAUGCGGAAGGAGCAGGAGGCGGUAGAGAGGUGGGGCAGUGAAGGAAAGAGUCUUCGAGCAGCUGCCAAGAGGCUACCCAUCAACAGAGCAAAGAAUGCUCUACUGAGGGAAAUCAACACGAAGCCGGUGGUGGUUGUCAUGGGGAUGACUGGCUCGGGGAAAACAACUCAAGUCCCGCAGUUUAUCCUCGAGAACUAUAUUGAGCACAUGGUGGGUGCGACGUGUAACAUAGUGGUGACACAGCCGCGGAGGAUUUCCGCCAUCUCCAUAGCAGAGAGAGUGGCAGCUGAGAGACGAGAGAUGGUGGGGAAGACGGUUGGCUACCAGGUGAGGCAGGGAGAGAGAGAGAGGCUGACUUAUCAGCUUUUUAAUACCUAGACUGUCAUACUGUAGCCAGCAGUAGGG